UGCUUUAAAGCUGCUAGAUCUAUUUCCGGCUUCCAUAGAUUUAGUGCCAUUGACUACGUAAAAUGUUUACAUUAAGAAAUUUCAGCAUAUCAGAUUGGUCUAUUCUGGUAGUAGGCCUAUAGAUAAAUCUUCACAAUCUCCAUAGUGGACCUUUAAUCUGAAGGUAGGGUGGUGUAUGGGCAUGGCCAUUUUUAAAUUAUCAUGAGCCAUAGGACUGGACUAUACAGCGGACAAAACAAAGCAGUUCAACUUUUUAAAGAAACUCAUUCAGAAACAGACAACCAAAUAAAUUUAAGCAAAGGACAAAGUAUCUUGAGUUUACCUACAAAACAAACAAAGGACAACAAAUCUCUGUAUGUCAAAAAUAAUAGAGAAACAAAUAAAAAACAUGAUAAAAUAAACUUCCAUACGAAAAAUUCUAAUUCUAAAGACCAUUCACUACCACAGUCAAAUGAGAAAGAAAACUUACAUGAAAGACAAUCCAAUAAUUUAUCUUUCGUUAAGAACACGUUUAAUAAACAAAGACUAGGUGAAUCUACUGAUUACAUUAAAAAGAUAAACUUUGAAAAACCGGAUCAUUCCAGUGAGGCUGACAAGAUUUUGUCCGAUGUAGACAGCGAGGAGGAGAAAGAUAUCAUCCUGUCUGACUUAGCCGAUCCUGACCGGGACACCCUAGGGUCAUCGAGCUCAGAGCUCGCAGCCCUUAAGAGCCCCUCUAGGGAGUCUCGCAACUCAGAUUAUGAGAGUAGCCCCCAACCUACACUUCCUGAUGAGUUUCCGGAAAGUGGGGAUACUGAUACACCUACAUUUACUAGCCCUCCGGCUGUUCUGACAAGAUCUGGUAGAGGUACGCCACAUCCCAGAGGUGCAAAGUCAUCAGCCAAGACUUCUGUUGGUUCCCAUAUCAUUGAGAAACUAAGUGACACUAACCAAUCAGAUGCAUAUGAAUCAGAAACUCUUUUAGAUGCUAACACUAAUGCUGGGAAUUCUCCUUUCAAGAGUCUAAGUCCUGCUCAAAAUCCGCUGCCUGAAUCUUUGAUUGUUAAGAAAACUCCGACUCCUAUAGAAACUGCUACACCUAGAGACAACUUCAAACCCAAUUCAAAACCCCCAGCUUCUUUUGAAAAUCAUUCCCCUCCCAAGCCUGGCUCUAGCCUUACUACUCCUUACUCAUCUCAUCGGCUCAAACCUCAAGGCGACGCUGCCAAACGAUCUACUGCCAGCUCUUUGAACCGUCGACCAGACGUCUCUGGUGGGUUUGAAGCUGAUAGCCUUGACUUUGUGAAAGACAGCCUUGAGAAUGCUUCUGUAGAUGUUGAAGCUGAUGAUGAUAAUGUGGUAGAUAAAAGUCAGGGUCAAGGUUUAAUUGCUGAUUCCCUUGAGGACAGUGAAACUGAAAAGCUUUUUUCACAAGCAGCAAAAACAAUUGAAAGAGACUCAGAUUCGCCAGACAAUCUAUUAUCAAGAGAGAUAAGUCUUGUUCCUGUAAAUGAACAUGAAAAACAGUUACCUCUCCCUGAUGCUAGAAAACUCUCGGUGACAAAAGAAGAUUCUUCUUUAUCAAUUAAACAAACUGAUAAAUUUUUUCCUUCUGUCACACCCGAUAAACCAAUCUUUAUUCUAAAAUCAGACCCAAGAAAGUCAAGGUCAUCCUCUACCCACACAACAGGGAGAUUAUCCCACCAAAGUCAAGCCAAGCUUAAUCCACAACCAACGGCAAAAACGGCUUCCAGCGUGCAUCAUUCCAUGAGGGGGCCGUCCACGUCAAACAGGGUGUAUGUCACCUCCCCGACAUUCUCGGACGAUGAUGAGACACAGUACCGGCUGGUGAGUAGCCGGCUGGACGGAGAUGAAGAAGAGGACACCUACAGGGAACUGGACAUGGCUGCCAUCCAAGGUCAGGCUCGACAUGGCACAGGAAGUGCUAAACUAUCAGGUGGCAAACAUGUGACGUACAGUGAUUCUAAACUUCCUGUUGCUAAGACACAGGAAAAUAAAGAGCCUGGCUACAUGUCUAAUCCUUAUGGUCUCAAGAUGGCCCCUGAGGCCAACGAGGCCAUAGAGAUCACUUCAAAGAAACAAUCUAGUGGGCAAAAUGUUGCUGCUGACCUCGGCAAUCCUGGCAUUAAUCAACAGGGGCGUAUUAUUAAUCAUAAUCCACAACUUACUGAGCAAGCCUUGCCGCCGUCACAUCUCAAAGAGCCUGUGCAGAGACCAUCCAGAGUUAGAGGCAUUUCACUUCCGACUGGGCCGACCUAUGACCCCAGAGACGAAGAAGAUCUACAAAGAGAGACCUCCUACCAGCAAGGCUUGCAAAUGAAAAUUCAAGAUUGGAACAGAAAAGUUGAAGAGGUCACUAUUCCUACACUGCCUUUAAAUAGUGGUUCUCAGGACUUUGUGAUGGACUCCCUUGAUUACGCCUCUGUUGAGGACCCCGCUCGGGCUUUUGUAGAGAUAUUCAAAGCUGACCCAAAUGAUUACUAUGAUAGGCAGCCACCGAAUGUUGGAUUUCGCAAUCCACCACCACUCCCACAAGAGUUUGUGGAUAACAAACAACAGCCAGCUACUGACCGCUUGAAAAACAUUAAUCUUGAGAAUGAUGAUGAUGUUGAUUAUGAAGACAUGCAUCACCAUCGGGUAAAUCCACAGGUCCAACCCAGGUUCUACAAGCCACAGACUGACCCAACACAUGGUUAUGAUACGAUGAGCAGUAGGUAUGUAGAGGUGGGAGACAACACAGAAAGAAGCCAACCAAGCAGUAGCUUGACCAAUGGUCAUUCAAUUCAUGCUGGCCAGAACAAUUACCUGAUAAAUGGCCAGAAAAAUUUGAAGAUGGACCACAAACUGAAUGUUCAGGAAAGUAUUGACUAUACAGACAGAAGUAAUUACAGUAAAUCAGAGCAUGACAUAAACAAAGCCAGGCCAAAAGUUACAGAAGCUCCAAUGGAGGCUGUCCAGCCCACUCCUCCCAAGUAUGACUACAUCAACAAUAACAAAGAGGAUUAUGGGAAGCCACACCCAAAAAGCUACAGCCUAAUACAUGAGGUCACCAAAGAGGAAAAAGAAAAACUCAACGAAAUCUUCAUACAGCCCAAGGUUAAGGAGAAGCCGAAGAAAGGAAUACUGAAGAAGAAAAGGCUGGACAAUGGCCAGGGUGGGUCACAGGUCACAGACCCCGGUCAGUUUGAAGAUGAGCAGCAAGAAGAUGAGAGAGAAUUAAGUCCAGCCGAACAGGUCUGGGCUCAAAGGUCAUCAACUCUGGCCAAAAGAUUUGAUGGUAAAGGUCGACAAGGGAAGAUAACUGGCGCCUUACAAAAAUACAACAGUGAAUCUUCUUUGAACCAGACACGAAGACCCUCUCAGCAGAAACCGUAUCCUGCAGACAGAAAAGCAUUUCUAACAGAGAUGCCAACACCUCCAAGUCAGGAGAGUUCUUAUAAUAAUCAGGUUUCUCUCCCUUACUCCCCAAGACAGAAUGACAUUCAAGUACUCCCUGUGUCAUCUCAAAUUAUUCUAGACGACGGACAGAGGAUAAGUGUCGAUGUCAACCUGAAGCUCAUACCCACACAACCAAUGUCACCUCAGUACCAGCAGUACCCACCUCAUGGCCAGAACUUACAUCAGUAUCCACAACAGUACACACAACAGCAACCUCAGUACCUACCCCAUGCCCAGAAUGUGCAUUCCCAGCAGCAGCACCCUCACCAUUCCUACCACCACCACCACCCAGAUGUUGACUAUGGGAGACAGUACCCCGCGGCACCGCAGUAUGUAGAUGAUAGCAUCUCUAGUCAUGACAUGCAAGCUUUGGAAUACAACCCAACAUCACCUCAAGGGUACAGAGAGAAUUACCGAUAUGUUUCCCCAAGGGAACGCUACUCUGCGGAUGAAGCUUUAAGGCAACUCAACAGUUCAAGGACAGAUAUUAACCCUUAUGGGAAGAUACCACCCAUCCAGAGGUCAGCUGAUGGGCAGCACCCCUCAUCAGCACCUGAACAGGCUGGGAGUUACACUGACAUGUUCCGGAAGCAGAAAGAAAAGAACAAUGAGAAACCUUGGUACCGCGUCUAUGGACUAAAGGACUACCGCAAGAUGCAGAAAGAAGUUCGGCUGGGGACACUAGGUCCUGACCUUGACAGUGAUGUCCUCAAGGAAAGGAGAGAAAAGUUCCAAAGACAAAGUGACUACGCCAAGCAGGUGAUGGAAAAAAACAAACAAGAUCUGGUCCAUAAAAAACCUCCAGCUUUCCCCAGACCCAAAGAAGAAAAUGACAUCAUGAACAGAAGAAAACUGGCGGUGGAGUAUGCCAAGUCAGUGCCUAAACCCAUCAUCAAACCACAGCCGACUGAGUACAACAACUAUGAGCUGGCCUCCGAGAGGUCACCCAUUGCCAAGCACCACAGGAAGCCAGGGGAUAUGGUCACACCCAGCCCCCGCCUGCCACAGAAACAGAAAGAGCCGGACCUGCUGGACAUCGACAAGCUACGCCAGCGCUACGAGGAGGACAAACAGAACGAAGCCUUAAUACGGCGGAACAGAAGUAACAGUUUACCGAAGGGAGAAAAAUUUUAUUAAAUUACUUGAUUCACUUACACUAAACUUGUCAUAGGACUUGCACAACUCUUCAAUUAGCUAGUAGUUGUUUAUUGAUCGACACAUAUAGAUUUAGAAUGUAACUAAUCAUUAAAAAAAAACAACUUUUAAAGCCUUUACUGACAUCUGAUAAGUGUAACUCAUAAUCCUCAAAA